GAAAUAAGGUAGGCCUAGCCCCGUUGUAUGAGCCCAAACGCACUUUCGUUAAUUCAAAGAAGCUGUAGCCUGUUCGGCAACGGUGAGAGAUUGACACAAGUCGUAUCAGCAAAGCACGCCGUUGGGAUAUCAAUUCAGCUCCACUGAAUCGAUUGAAGGUCCGAUAUUAGACGUAAGUUUGUUAGAAACAAUGUCUGCUAGGUUACUGAAGAAAGUCUUGAAAGAACAGGAGCAACAGCAGCUUCAUAAUCACGAGGAAGAGGAGGAAGCAGAAUCUCCUGAUUUGAGCACUCGUCCUGUAAUCAAUCCAUUUGACCUUCUCAACGACGAUGACCCUGAUCAGGAGAAUGAGUCAGAAAUCACUGAUGAAACCUUGAGUGUAAACAUUGACAAACAAGAAAUCUCUGUGUCGAGAAGUGGGGCCAGUGGAGUGUCAGCAUCUAACCGGAAAUCCAAGAAAAAGAAAAAGAAGAAAGGCAAGGCAGCUCUACCUUCAAAUACAAAUAAAGGUGAAACACAAUUGGAUGAGGCACUAGAAACACUCUCCUUGGAUGUGAAUUCUUCAAGAAAUCAACUUGAUCCUAUCAAAACCAAAGUAGAAAAUCCAAGACUUCGAGAAGAGUUUGAUAAGCAAUGUGCACCAUCAAUCUUGCAAGUGGAUCCCAAGUGCUUAAAUCCUGACAAUGAGCUUCGAAGAAUUUUUGGUUCUAAGGUGGUGAAAUCAUUUGAAAAAAGUAAUCAAGCCAGCAGUUCUAGGCAGGUACGAGGGGCAAGACGUGGAAGCCAUCACACCAGAAAGACUAUUCUAGUCUCUCCAUCAGAACACUGGCCUCGCUGGGAUGGAUCUUUGUCAAUGGAAUUUCUGGAGACUAAGGAUGGAUACCACCACUUUAGAUAUGUGCACUCACCUUCCUAUAAUCAAGGUCAAAGAGCAUUUGAAGCUGCCAAAUCCAUUCACGAUCUAAAUGGCAUAGCAAGCAUCCUAGCAUACCACCCUUAUCAUUUAGAUUCACUUAUUACAAUGGCAGACUAUUUAAAAUUUAUGGGUGAGCAUCAAAUGUCAGCCGAUGCUAUUGCAAAGAGUUUAUAUGCAAUGGAAUGUGCAUGGCAUCCUAUGUUCACCCCUUUGCAAGGUAAUUGCCAAUUGAAGAUUAGCCAUGAAAUGAACAAGCCACUAUUCACAGCGCUUUUCACUCACAUGAAAGACAUGGACAGGCGUGGAUGCCAUCGCUCUGCCCUUGAAGUUUGCAAAUUAUUGCUGUCACUAGAUUUAGAUGAUCCAAUGGGGGCAUUGUUCUGCAUUGACUACUUUGCUUUGAGGGCAGAGGAGUAUGCAUGGUUGGAACGGUUUUCUGAAGACUUCAAAAGUGAUAACUCUUUAUGGUUGUUUCCAAAUUACUCAUUUUCACUUGCCAUUUGCCGAUUUUAUCUUGAGCAAGAGGAAACUUCAAAAGAUACUUCUACACUUGCUUCCAAGGCUACUUCAGCUGAUUUGAUGAAGCAGGCAUUGAUGCUUCACCCUUCUGUCCUUAGAAAGGUAGUAGCAAAGGCACCUUUGAAAGAUCAGGCAUGGACAAAUAUACUAAAGAAUGCCUUUUUCCGCUCAGAGCAAACAGGCUCCCCAUCUUUGGACCAUCUUAUCAGUAUAUAUGUAGAGAGAAGUUAUAUCAUAUGGAGGCUUCCAGAUUUACAGAAAUUGCUUCGGGAUUCAGCUCUUCAAGUUGUCGAAACUUUAGAACAUAACAGUAGUGAAGCUAAGGAUUGGGCUUGUGUGCGAAAAGAAGUGUUCUCAUCUGAGAACAAUGAGUAUAUCCAUUUGCUACUUUCGGACUUUUCUGAUAUAGUGCCAACUAUUCCACCUGAGAACCUGCAAAAUUUCAUGGUUGACCCAAGGAUGAUGGAGGCUGGGCAAGAUGGAGGCCAAAUUGCCAAUCCACUUGCUGGUGGUCCUGCUCCACGUGAUGUUGCCAAUCGUAAUGCAUUGGCUGUUUUGUUUGAGUCAAUGUUGCCAUGGGUUAAUUAUGGAACCAGAGAAGAUGGAGGUGAUUAUGAGGAUAACCAAGUUAAUGGCCAAGACCAACGCAACGAAGACUGAAUGUCAAAGUUCUGACUGUAACAGACGGGAAAAGAGGAGAAGAUAACUGGUUUUUUCAUUCUUUUCUUUUUCUUUUUUCCUCACAUUGUGUUGAUAUCAUAAAUCUGAAAUGUAGAUAUAAUUAAGUGGUCAAGUAAAAAAUUGCUGCAACAUGAUGUGAACCAUUCUUAAUACAUCACUGAUGCAGGAUUCCUUUUUUGUCAAUGGAACUCAAACCAUGUGUUCAGCUAGAAGUAUUUUGCUUGCACAAAAUGAUUCUCAGGAAAGAAAUUGACUGAAUUUUGUUGUGUUA